ACAGUGCAAUAACCCCAAAAGGACAGUUUUUUAUAUUAAAAAAAGAAAGAGAACUAAUUUUCAACUCCUUUCUAACUCCUACGCAGAUGUCACGUGCAAUCUGAGGGUACAACAUCGUGCUUUCCGCUUCUCUGCCUUCUGCAUUUCUGCAAAUCCACCACCCACUUGAGGACUGAUCAGACCAAAUAAUACAAAUUUACAGCAGCUGCAAUAUUGUUUUUAAGUAUUCAAACUCUUAUUUUAUAUAUAUACUAGCAUAAGUUAAUGGUAAAGCUGUUUUUGUUUUAAAAAUAACUGAAAUUUUUCACCACCCAAAUCCCUCUGAGAAUGGAAGACUGAAGCUUUAGCUUUUAUAAAGAAAUGGGUUCGUACAAAGAGUUGCAGGCUUUUUUCACUGCCGUCUUUACCAUUAUUAUUAUUACUAUUAUUGUAGUUCAUUUCCAUGCACAAAGGUAUUUGUGACCGGAGAAUCUAGGUUGCACCGGGAAAUUAAUGGCUGCAAAGACAGGCGGUGGUUCGUUUGUUCAGCCUCUGCAUCCACCAUGUCCGAAAUCACCUCCAAAGUAUCCGGAUUUGUAUGGGAAACGAAGGGAAAAGGCUAAAGUUCAGAUGCUUGAGAGAGAGAUUAGUUUUCUUGAGGAGGAGUUAAAAUCUGUUGAAGGUUUCCAACCAGCUUCGAGAUCCUGCAAAGAGGUUACUGAUUUUGUGAUGGAAAAUUCGGAUCCUUAUAUACCUCCCCUUACCUUUUAUUUUUUUGUCUCUACUAACAGGAAGAAUCGAAAAUCAUGUGGCUUUCGGAGAUGGCUUUGUGGAUUGCCCUGCUGUAACUUGCAGUGCCUCUGCUGUUGCUGUAAUUCCGGCUUCAGUCGCUGUGAUGAUCAUGUAACUGCAAGUCCUGCAACUGCUGCAGCUCUUUGGAUGAAGAGUCGAGUAGAUGCUGUUCGUUUAAGUGUAGCGCAUGUGAUUGCAAUUCGUGUUCAAGCUGCUGCCGAGCUCUAA